AUGCGUGGUGGUGUACAAAGUGGUAGGGUUGCUGUAGGUGAUGAAGUACGAAGUGCCGGGAUUGCUGUAGGUAGUGGUUUUCGAGAGGCCAGAGUUGCUGUAGGUAGUGGUGUACGAGAUGCCGGAGUUGCUGUAGGUAGUGGUGUACGAGAUGCCAGGGUUGCUAUAGGUAGUGGUGUACGAGAUGCCAGGGUUGCUGUCGGUAGCGGUUUUCGAGAGGCCAGAGUUGCUGUAGGUAGUGGUGUGCGAGAUGCAGGGGUUGCUGUAGGUAGUAGUGUGCGAGAUGCAGGGGUUGCUGUAGGUAGUGGUGUACGAGAUGCAGGGGUUGCUGUAGGUAGUGGUGUACGAGAUGCAGGGGUUGCUGUAGGUAGUGGUGUGCGAGAUGCAGGGGUUGCUGUAGGUAGUGGUGUGCGAGAUGCAGGGGUUGCUGUAGGUAGUGGUGUGCGAGAUGCAGGGGUUGCUGUAGGUAGUGGUGUGCGAGAUGCAGGUGUUGCUGUAGGUAGUGGUGUGCGAAAUGCAGGGGUUGCUGUAGGUAGUGGUGUGCGAGAUGAAGGGGUUGCUGUAGGCAGUGGUGUGCGAGAUGCAGGGGUUGCUGUAGGUAGUGGUGCGCGAAGUGCCAGAGUUGCUGAAGGUAGCGAUGUGCGAGGUGCAGGGGUUGCUGUGGGUGUUGAUGCUAGUUGCCAGGGUUGCAGUAAGUGGUGGUAUACAAGGUUCUAG